AUGUCAUCGGCCGCGGAGAAGGGCGAGGUCGCUGCCUCGGGCAGUGACAAGGAUGCCUAUGUGCGAGACACCACGGCAGUUCAUGGUACUCCUGAUACUCCUCGGGCUCGAACUCAGGAAGACUUUUUGACCCGUAACGGUCUGAACCUCAGGUCCUUCCAGAAGCGAGAAUAUGGUGCAGAACUCGUUCAUCUUGAUCAGUCCAUGAAGAAGCGACAUUUGCACAUGAUUGCCAUUGGUGGCUCGAUUGGUGCUGGUUUCUUCGUUGGUGCAGGUGGUGCACUCUCCCGUGGUGGCCCUGCUACACUGCUCAUUGAUUUCGCGAUCGUCGGUGUCAUGAUGUUCAACGUCGUAUAUGCUCUUGGUGAACUCGCUGUUAUGUACCCCGUGUCCGGUGGCUUCUAUACCUAUUCGACUCGUUUCAUUGAUCCUUCCUGGGGCUUUGCCAUGGGUUGGAAUUACGUCUUCCAAUGGGCUAUCGUCUUGCCUCUCGAACUUACAGUCUGUGGUCUCGUCGUGCAAUAUUGGAACCAAGAUAUAAGUGUUGCUGUAUGGAUCACUGUAUUUUUGGUUGCGAUUGUGAUCGUCAACGUUUUCGGGACUUUAGGAUUCGCUGAGGAAGAGUUUUGGAGCUCCUGCUUGAAGCUUUCUGCCAUUGUCAUUUUUAUGAUCGUAGCGAUGGUCCUUGUCAACGGUGGUGGUCCGUCUACUUCCGACCCGGCUACUGGUGUCUACGAUGAGUACUGGGGCGGCCGAACAUGGUCGAACCCUGGUGCCUUCCGCAACGGUUUCCGUGGCUUCUGCUCCGUCUUCGUCACUGCUGCCUUUUCCUUCUCUGGAACGGAAUUGGUCGGUCUGGCAGCGGCUGAGUCUGCGAACCCUGCUAAGGCUCUCCCCGGUGCUAUCAAGCAGGUCUUCUGGCGUAUCACUCUCUUCUACAUUCUGGGUCUCAUGUUCGUCGGCCUGCUAGUGAGAUCUGAUGACGGGCGUUUGAUUGGCUCCGGCAGCUAUGUUGAUGUGCGCGCCUCACCCUUUGUGCUGGUUGGAUUAGAUGCUGGCCUCAAGGGAUACGACCACUUCAUGAACUUCAUCAUCCUGGUCUCCGUCAUGUCUAUCGGUGUCUCGUGCGUCUACGGUGGCUCGCGAACACUGACAGCUUUAGCUCAGCAGGGCUACGCCCCGAAGCUGUUCACUUAUAUUGACCGAUCUGGUCGUCCCCUGUUCUCUGUAGGGAUUAUCCUCAUCUUCGGAUGCUUAGCCUACAUCAACUUGGACGCCGAUGGUGAGAUGGUGUUCGGCUGGCUUCUCUCCCUCUCCGGUCUCGCCGCUCUCUUCACAUGGGGCUCCAUCUGUCUAGCGCACAUACGCUUCCGCAAAGCCUGGGCUUAUCACGGCCAUACGCUUGACGAGAUUCCUUUCAAGGCAAUUGGUGGUGUCUGGGGUUCUUGGUUGGGCCUGACUCUGUGCUUCCUUGUUCUUGUUGCUAGUUUCUUCAGCGCUGUUGCACCACCCGGCGCCGAGAAUGGUGCACUCAACACCGUCGAGGGAUGGUUCAAGGAUAUGCUGGCCUUGCCUGUGGUUCUUGUCUUCUGGAUCUGCGGCUACUUCUGGAAGAAGCAGGGCUGGCUCCGCACAGCACAAAUGGAUGUUGACACUGGUCGACGAGAGCAUGACUGGGAUGCCAUCAACUUGUACCGCGAGAAGAUGGCUGCUAUGCCGGCGGCAAAGAGAAUCUUCCACCUUUGGUUCAUUUAG